GGGCGGGCAAAAUACAGCGCAGGUCUGAUUUUGGCGUUUACCGUGUAAGCUUUUCAAGGCAAGACUAACGGGGUAAAAACAAGCGGAUGCGGAUGCACGGAUCUCUGCCACGCAAAAUAUUCAGGUCGAUUCCGCAGACUGAUAACAGAAAUGCCGGUUUUUACGGAAUUGCCCGGGUGUAAUUUGGUGUUUCCGCAUGCACGAGCUUCAAACCGGGAGACAUUUAUUUAGCAUUUACAGACAUCACUGUGCUUGAGGAAGUUUGUCAAAACAAUCGGAUUAAAGGAAUGGUAGAUGGCCCAUAGACCAUGAGUGGCUGGAAAACGUAUCACAGCCAUUAAUGUGAGAUUCUGCCGAGUUGAAGAAUGCCUCUACCGAGCAGAACGAUGAAGAAAAUGUAAUACCAACCAUGUGCUCAUCUGUGAUUUCAACAUGGAGCACUCUAUUCUUGCCACUGUCCAAGAUCUGUAUAUCUUUGGAUAGAUUUGGAGUGUGGUUACAUAACAUAGAAAGAAGCAGCAUUAUGUUUGGACUGCAUACUCUAGAAGAUGAAGUUUGCUUUUAUUUAAAGUCCAAGUGAAGAUGAGAUUUCUGAGUUUACCUUUAAUUUUUUGUCUAUCUGCACAUGCUUACACAACAUAGAUUGCAUUAUGGCUGCUGAAUCUCCCCAGCACCUUUAUUUAUCUGCUUGGUGUGGUGGAGAGUGACAUUUGGACGAUGCAGCGAAACGGAGGUGUCACAGGAAAUGGCAGCCAGCCAUGGAUGUUCCGGCGAGUUCGACUGACAUGGCUCAGUUUCAUGCUUUUUUUCAUAUUGGUUUUCUUCCCACUCAUUGCACAUUACUACCUCACCACGAUUGAUGAGGCAGGUGGUCCAGACAAACGCAUUUUUGGCCCACGACCUGGUGGUGAACUGUGUGAGGCGAAACACGUACAAGACCUGUGCCGUAUACGAGAAUCGGUGAGUGAAGAGCUGCUUCAGCUGGAAGCAAAGCGGCAAGAGCUCAACGGCGAAAUAGCCCGUCUCAACCUGCGGAUUGAAGCCUGUAAGCGUAGCAUUGACAGUGCCAAACAGGACUUAUUACAACUCAAAAAUGUCAUCAGCCAGACAGAACACUCUUAUAAGGAACUCAUGGCUCAGAAUCAGCCAAAACUUUCGUUGCCAGUUAGACUUUUACCGGACAAAGAUGAUCCAGGGCUCCCUCCUCCACGAUCUGUACAGGCAUGUCGCUUGCAUACUUGUUUUGAUUAUGCCAGAUGUCCACUUACAUCAGGGUUUCCAGUCUAUGUGUAUGACACGGGGUCGUAUCCUUGGGGAGACAAUAUUGACCCAUUGGUCAAGCAAGCCUUUGCAUCUUCUGUUAAAAGCAGUGUUUAUGUUACAGAUAAUCCAAAUAUUGCUUGUCUUUAUGUGGUGCUUGUCGGAGAAAUACAAGACUCCUCACCCUCUCCCGCUGACUUGGAAAAGCAGUUGAAAGCAUUGCCCUACUGGAGGUCAGAUGGUCAUAAUCACCUGUUGGUUCAUCUGUCCAGGAAGUCAUUAACUCAGAACUUCUUGUACAAUGUAAGUACAGGCCGGGCAGCUAUAGCACAGUCUACAUUUCUUCAGCGACAAUACAGAGAGGGAUUUGACCUGGUAGUGUCUCCACUGGUCCAUGCUCUUUCUGAGCCCAACUUUUUGGAGUUGCCACCACAGGUUCCAGUGAAAAGGAAGUAUCUCUUUACCUUUCAAGGAGAGAAGGUGGAAUCUCUGAGAAGUAGCCUUUUGGAAGCACCACCACAGUCUUUCGAGGAAGAAAUGGAGGGAGAUCCACCGGCUGACUAUGAUGAUCGCAUCAUUGGCACGCUUAAAGCGGUACAAGACAGUCACCUAGACCAGGUACUUGUGGAAUUUACUUGCAAGAACCGACCAAAGCCCAGUCUACCAACUGAAUGGGCCCUGUGUGGGGAGCGUGAGGAUCGCUUGGAAGUAUUAAAAGCUUCUACGUUUGCUUUGGUGAUUUCUCCAGGUGAUGGGCAGCUCCUAGCCACUGCAGGGUGCAACAUGCGCCUGUUCGAGGCCCUGGAGGUCGGGGCUAUCCCUGUGGUUCUUGGCGACCACUCAAAGUUACCUUAUCACCACCUAAUACGAUGGGGUGAGGCAGCUAUCAUGGUACCCAAGCCACGCAUAACAGAGUUGCACUUUUUACUGAGGAGCCUAUCGGAUAACGAUUUACUGGCCAUGCGGCGGCAAGGUAGAUUCCUUUGGGAAACGUACUUCUCUACUUCUGAAAGUAUCUUCAAUACCAUUUUGGCCAGUAUCCGAACCAGCAUUCAAAUACCAGCAGCACCCAUAAAGGAGGAACCUGCUCAGGAGAUUCCCCACAAAGCUGGAAAGAUGGCAGGGACAGAUGCUAAUAUGGCUGACAAUGGGGACCUGGAUCUUGGUCCAGUUGAGACAGAACCCCCUUACGCAUCACCUAGGUUUUUGCGGAAUUUCACUUACACAGUAUCGGACAUCUACCGAACCUGGAAUCGCGCUCCGGGGCCUUUCCACCUGUUCCCCCACACACCCUUAGACCCCGUUCUACCUUCAGAGGCCAAGUUUCUUGGUUCCGGAACUGGUUUUCGCCCCAUCGGUGGAGGCUCUGGAGGUUCUGGAAAAGAGUUUCAGGCUGCACUGGGUGGAAAUGUCCCACGAGAACAAUUCACAGUGGUCAUGCUGACAUAUGAGCGAGAGGAGGUACUUAUGAACUCUCUGGAGAGGCUAAACGGCCUUCCCUAUCUCAACAAAGUGGUAGUAGUCUGGAAUUCCCCAAAACCACCCUCAGAUGACCUCCUCUGGCCAGACAUUGGGCUGCCCAUUGUGGUGGUGCGGACAGAAAAGAACAGUCUGAACAAUCGCUUCCUGCCCUGGGACGUAGUAGAGACUGAGGCCAUCUUGUCCAUUGACGAUGACGCCCAUCUCAGACACGAUGAAAUCAUGUUUGGGUUUAGGGUGUGGCGAGAGGCCAGGGAUCGGAUUGUGGGCUUUCCAGGGCGGUUUCAUGCCUGGGACAUCAACCACCAGUCUUGGCUCUACAACUCCAACUACUCUUGUGAACUCUCCAUGGUGCUGACAGGCGCCGCCUUUUUUCACAAGUACUACGCCUACCUGUAUUCCUACGUGAUGCCCCAGGCCAUUCGAGACAUGGUGGAUGAGUACAUCAACUGUGAAGACAUCGCCAUGAACUUCCUGGUGUCACAUAUCACACGCAAACCCCCGAUCAAGGUGACGUCUCGUUGGACUUUCCGCUGUCCCGGCUGUCCUCAGGCACUGUCUCACGACGACUCGCACUUCCACGAGCGCCACAAGUGCAUCAACUUCUUCGUCAAGGUGUACGGUUACAUGCCGCUGCUCUACACGCAGUUCCGGGUGGACUCUGUCCUCUUUAAGACUCGCCUUCCGCACGACAAGACCAAAUGCUUCAAAUUCAUUUAGAGGGACCAAAAGAGGACGUACAGACACCCGAAUAUGACGGACGGGAGAUUUUUAUUCGUCAAAAAGAAGGGAGGACUGCUACAUGAAAGCAUUUUUUUUUUUUUUUUUUCCUCUGUGUGUUCGACCCAUCAGCAACCACUACUGGUCUCAUUCGCACCACUUUCAUCAGUCUCAGCAAAGAGGUGGAUAUGAGGCGAGGACACUUUAACGUGUUUCAAACUGAACUCUUUGGAACUGACGGAAUGGUAAAAGACACAGGCAAAAGCUUCCUGUCUCAUUGCACUCCUUUAUUUUUUAUCCCGUUCUACAUUUAUAUAUCUAUAUAUAGUGUGUUUCAUCUGCAAGAGAUGAUGUCCUCUUGUAUAUGACAAGCACAUUUCUGCAGGUCACAGAAAUUUUAUUUGUGUGUGUGUGCGUGCGUGUGUGUGUUUUUGAAAUAAGGAAUAUUCAAAGGAGGAAGUCACCAGACCUCAAAGACACACAAUUAAAAACACUACACGGUCAGGCGAGCGAUAAUCACGUUGACUGCUCUCUCUCUUCGGGGGUGCCAGUGAUCAGAAAAACAGCGUGUACACAUCCGCUUCAUCAGGUCUUCUUAGACAUGUGCCGAUAUCACGUUAUCAUAUCUGAAGAAUUGCUUAAACGUAUCACAGUUUAUGGUAGCUUGAAUAAAAACUGCCGUCUUACCGAUCACUCGUCUGCUGAACAGGAUGAGUUUUGAAAUUCACACGACACUGCCUCUAUAGAUCUAAAGACAGCUUGUCCUGAUUCGGCUUUUCCCAAACAGGGGAUUGGGCUUUAGCUCUGGAGCACAAAAACCGCACAAAAAAAUGCAGCCUUCAUAGGUGACUGCUGUUGGGAUUAAAUGACAUUCAUUUAGUUUCUGCAGUAACAUCAUAGUGCAUGUUAAAUAUUUAUGCCAUACCUUCCUGCUAUCAGAAAAUAACAGAUGUGCAGAGGUGAAGAACAUAACAGCAUGAAGUCUGCGCCUAAUAUCGCCACACCUACUGGUUUUGUUCCCUCACAUCUCACCAUCCUGACAUUUUAAGUAGCUUUGAACUCCCUCCACCGUACAACACCCAUCGCUCUGAGCUCUUAUCUCCUUCUAUUAUCGUCGUUUUUAAUUCAAACAUUUCUGCACACUACAGCCUAUACAUUAGACUUCACUGAAAAUCUUUAAUUACUUUACCCCCUUUUGUUAAUUUGCAGAUCAAUACUGAAGCAUAAAAUGUGCACGGCAUUUACAAUAACAGUAAUUCUGACCUGUAGAAAGCGCCAAUGUCCUUGCCGUCGUCGUCAUCAUCAGACGCUAGGAAUGUAAAGAGAUUUUUCUGAAAGCUUGACUGAAACCACACCAAUGGUUAAUCAUUCUCCAGUACUGAAUUCCUGAAGAGCUGCUUUUUUCUCUCCAAGCCUGUGAAAAGAGGACAUGAUACUGAGUGUGUUUUCACACAAAAAAAACGGUUCGAGAAUCUUUCAUUUUGUAAUCAGUCUAAACUGAACACCGAACUAGUUAUUUAGGAAUAUAUAUAUAUAUGCAUAGGCAGUUCAUAGGAACCAAAGCUAAAUAAAGAAAGGGCACUAGCACUAAUAAAGACUUUUCCGAUCAAAGUACAUCUGUUGUUACCUUCAGCCAAUUUAAGGUCAAGUUUAGAUGACAUGCAUUUCUUUAGAGACUUGAAAUCAAAUGUGUUCAACAAUGGAAUGAAGGACCAGGCAGCUUCAUAUCCUAAAACCUAAAAGGCUAAGCUUAUCAUUGUUCACAGUAUAAUGAGGAUAUUAUGUUUAAAACUAUACAUUUAACUGAUCUAUGGGGUCUGCUAGGUUUUAAGGGUGGCAUAAUGGCAUAAUCAGUUCGGUCUGGAGCUUACUGUCUGUGCAUGUUCUCUAUAGUUUUCCGACCACACACAUACCAGUAGGUGGGUUAUUAAAAUACUAAACUGUCCUUCAAUUGCCUUAGUGUGUGUGUGUGUGCGCGUGUGUGUGCACGAAACCUUGUUAUGGACUGGUGUCCCAUCCAGUGUGUGUCUUAUCCUCUUCUCUGGAUCCAGAUACACUAUGAUACUGACUUGAGUUUGACUGAACUGCUACUGAAGAUGAAUGAAUGAAUGUUUUAACCAAAACUAAUUCCAGCACAUUUUUUCCAAUUUCACAGAAGGUCAUGGUAGUCUGUGGAGAAGUAAUGGCCCAGUAGUUACAGCUUUGGGCUGCUGAUCAUGAGUUUAAAGCCUAGCGCUGGUGUUGGGGUAAUUUUAGGAGAAAUGACAACAUAUCAUGUAACUGAUUAUCGGCACAUGCCUAAGCAGCACAGAUGUUUGUGUCCCUCUCAUGUUUGUCCUUUUCUUUUGCUCAAAUAGAUUAUGUGAAGUUGGAGUAAAGACCUCAGGUCUGAGUACUAGCACAAUUCUGGAGAAUCUACAUAUGCUGCAUAUAAAUACUGCAGAAGAAUUACUGGCACAAUUUGAACCCUUUGUUUUGGAAUGGUACUUUGUUUCCUCAUUGAACUGGUCAAAUCCAGGAUCCACAUGAACUGACGUUUGCAUUGCGAUGUUCAUUUCGGUCCUGAACUGUAUAGUGCAUAGAGGAUUCUGCAUUGUAAAUCCAUUAGGUGUUUCUUUUUAAUAUAUGUUAUAUGUUUCGGAUCAUGGAUGCCUUUUAUGGAACCUUUUUAUACACCUAAUGACUGUGUAUGUAUAAAUUUGUUGAGGUUUAAGUAAUGUGUGUGUUUGUGUUUUGUUUUGUUUUUGUUUUUUUUUCUCCCCCUGUAUUGCCACUCAAGCAUGGAGAUUGGGGAGGCGAGGAAGCAGAAGCACAGCAAUCUGACUGACAGACUGUAUCAUUAGUGUGAUCCUCAAAAACACUAAUAAACCAGCCCGUGCCAUUUG